AUGCUGAACGGCGCUGAAGAUUUUUAUUGUGCCGAGAACAUCAAUCACUUCGAUGCGAAAUCUAUCCUGCCAGGAGGUCUUUUCCAUCUUCCAGCACUGUCUGAUACCACCACUGCUGUACGAUGCAAAGGAAUAGCUGGGAUGCCUCUAUGGAUUGCAUGUCUUGUAGUGUGGUGUAUUUCACUUGUACUAAUAACUAUUGGAAUAUGGAUGAAUAAAGUAAUACUCUUCGUGCCUGCUUAUGCUGUCUGGGUAGCAACAUUUAUCUUGUCUGUUCUUUUCAUAGCCAUAGACAUCUAUGCGGAUCUGUUCUGUGGCAAGCCAUCAGGAAAUAAAACAAGUAAUUUAUUAUUGGAGAGAGCUUCAAGAGUGUGUCUACGCCUGAACGGUUUUUUUAUAGGUCACUGGAGUUCACCGUGUGAUACGCUCAUCAGACGUAAGGGU